CACCGGCUCGUCAACAUGGCGGAAUCUAUUUCUGCGCGUGCGUUGGCGACUCAAAGCUCUCAAGGGUACAUGGGAACUUUCUUUUUCGCGGCAGUCAUCAUGGCGGCUCAACUUAGCAAGAAAAAGAAGUUCGUUGCUGACGGCGUCUUCAAAGCCGAGUUAAACGAGUUUCUAACUCGUGAAUUAGCAGAGGAUGGAUACAGUGGUGUAGAAGUUCGUGUUACUCCCAUCCGAACCGAGAUCAUUAUUUUGGCCACUAGAACUCAGAAUGUCCUGGGAGAGAAGGGACGACGAAUCCGUGAACUUACAUCAGUGGUUCAGAAAAGAUUUGGAUUCCCUGAGGGAACUGUAGAGUUGUAUGCUGAAAAGGUGGCCACAAGAGGUCUGUGUGCAAUUGCCCAGUGCGAGUCCCUUAGGUAUAAGCUGAUUGGUGGACUGGCAGUGCGUAGGGCUUGUUAUGGUGUGCUUCGAUUCAUCAUGGAGAGUGGAGCUAAAGGCUGCGAGGUUGUGGUGUCAGGGAAGCUCCGUGGCCAGCGUGCAAAGUCCAUGAAAUUUGUUGAUGGCUUGAUGAUCCACAGUGGAGACCCCACCAAUCACUAUGUUGACAUGGCUAUCAGACAUGUCUACCUCAGGCAGGGUGUGCUUGGAAUCAAAGUAAAGAUCAUGUUGCCAUGGGACCCCACUGGAAAAACUGGCCCAAAAAAACCUCUCCCUGAUCACGUCAGCAUAGUGGAGCCCAAAGAGGAAGUUGUUCCAGCCACGCCCAUCUCUGAACACAAAGGAGGCAAACCUGAACAGCCAGCUUCAGCCCCUGGGUUGUAGAGUUACCAGGUUUAAGAGCUUCAACCAGCCAUUUGCCAUCUUGCUGUGUAAAAAAUAAUUCUAACUAUCAAAAAUAAACAAUUAAGAAACAGGG